CGGGUCAGGCCUCAGGCCAGGUGAGGUAGGCGGACCAGAUUCCCGGCGAGGCCUACUCGCCAGAGAGGCGAAAGCUCCGGCGACUCCCGAGGCGGAGAAGAGAGUGAGAUGCCCCUGCUUGCUCAACCCGUCCGGCGAAGUCCACCGCCACGUGGCGGUGUCGGAGAGAGAAGCCUCCAGACGUGGAGAUGGAGAUAAGGGAGUAGCCCUCGGGUGCUUGUCGAGGCUGGUCGGUGGGGUCGGCCGAGUCGAGGACGGGACCUUACGGGCAUGUGCCGGUUGACGGUUCAGGGUGCGUGAGGUUUUAGAGAGCGGCCCUUUUCUUCCCCUCUGCUUCGCCUUUCUCUCUCCGUAUCCCUUUUCCGCUUGGCGUUUUUUCAGAUCUUCCUUUUCGAGAGAGCGAGAGAGAGAGAGAGAGAGAGAGAGGUUGUCUCUUUCUUCCAUGAAUCUUAUGCACACCUCUCGACCCAGAAUUCCUCCUUUUUGUCCACUAUUGCAGGGGAUAAAAGCUCGGUUGCAGGUUUAGAAAGGGAAGGAAUAGAAGGCAGGAGAGAAAAGGUGAGAGCGAGGAGAGAAAAGCGAAAGGAAAAAGGAGAGAUUUGGGGCGUCCUCGUGUAGUUGUAGUAGCAGUUUUGUUCUUCCUUUCAGUGAGAUCACUGAGAUGGGGAGUGGGUGGAGGAGAGCGAGGAAAGCUCUCGGAUUGAGAGUCUGCACGUCGGCUCCUCGUGACCCGGACGACGAGCAGCCACCACUGGUAUCAUCAGCGGCGACGUCAGACGCGGAGCUAGCCUCGAGCCCGACCCCCAGGGCGUGCGUGAAACUAGGCCGGCUGAAGACGGCGGUUGCCGGCGGAGGUGGCAGCAGCAGCAACCCAUCAACGCCUAGGCUUCAAUCCGAACCGUUGUCGAGCCCCACGCUGAGAUGCAAGACGGGGUUCUCCUUCUCCUCCUCCUCCGCGGCGUCGAGCCCCAAGUCGUCCGCCUCGACGCCCUCUUCUUUCUUCAGCCCACGCCUCCAAUGCAAGACCAGUAAGAGCCCCCGGUUGGCUGAACUCUCCAACCCUUCUUCUUCCCCGAGGUCUCCUUCCCGGUUAGCCAUCCUCAAGGCCUCUCUCCGGCUGACAAGAAGCAACUCGUGUGGGAUAUGCUCGCACAGUACCAAGUCGGGUCAGGGGACGGCCAUAUUCACGGCUGAGUGCUCCCACUCGUUCCAUUUCCACUGUAUAUCUACUUAUGUCCAGAAGCAACGAUCCCUCGCCUGUCCCGUCUGCCAAUUGAAAUGGAAGGAGGUGCCAAUGCUGCCGGGUUUGGUGCCGUUGCCGGUGCCGGCGCCGGCUCCAGCUCCAGCUCCAGCUCCAGCGCAGCAGCCCCCGCCAAAGAGCCCGCGGAAGCCGUCGGAGGAGGUUAGGGUUUACGACGACGAUGAGCCGCUAGCUCCGGCUAAGGGUGCCGGCCGUUUCAAUCCCAUACCGGAGGUCGGCGAAGAGGAAGAAGAAGAAGAAGAAGUGAAUGCCGAGGGCGGGGACGACGAGGAAUUCAAGGGGUUCUUCGUGGCUGGCAAGAAGGGGCACGACGAGAAGGAGAGGGAGAGGAUUGUUCGGGUGAGCUCGUCGCCGGAGACGGCGUUGGUGGGGGCGGGGAGAGGGUACGAGAGCUACGCGGUGGUGCUCCGAGUGAGGGCUCCGCCACCGGAGAGGGACCCGGGCUGCCGGGCUCCGAUCGACCUGGUUACCGUGCUGGACGUGAGCGGGAGCAUGUCGGGGACGAAGCUCCACAUGAUAAAGCGGGCUAUGCGCCUCGUCAUCUCCUCCCUUGGCUCCUCCGACCGCCUCUCCAUAGUUGCCUUCUCCUCCUCCUCCAAGCGGCUGCUCCCCCUCCGCCGGAUGACCGCCCAGGGACAGCGUGCCGCUCGCCGAGUAGUCGAGCGGCUCGUCUGCAGCCAGGGCACCUGCGUCAGCGAGGCCCUGCGCAAGGCCGCCAAGGUGCUCGAAGAUCGCCGGGAUCGAAACCCCGUCGCCAGCAUCAUGCUUCUAUCCGACGGUCAAGACAACUCCGCCUCCGCCACCGCCGGCGCCACUCCCCCUACGAAGACGACGACGACAACAAGGUUCGGCCACGUCGAGAUCCCCGUGCACGCUUUCGGGUUUGGCGGGUCUGUCGGCGUCGGCGAGGACGCUUUCGCUCAGUGCGUCGGCGGGCUGCUGAGCGUCGUCGUACAGGACCUGCACCUCCAGAUCCGGUGGUCGGGCUGCGAGGUCGACGGCGUCUACUCCUGGCACGACCGGCCGCGAGUUCUCCUAAACCGUUCCGGCUCGUCUCGCUCGGGGACGAUCCGGCUCGGCGAUCUCUAUGCGGAGGAGGAGCGGGAGAUCCUGGUCGAGGUGCGGGUUCCGGCAGGCGCGGCCCCAGGCAACCAGGCAUUCUCUAUCAGGUGUUGCUUCCGGGAUCCAGUGAGCCAGCAGCCAGUCUACUGUAGAGAGCAGGUUCUGGUUCUCCCUAGCAUGCAGCCGUCCCGAACCGGUUCGCUCAAGUUGGAUCGUCUCAGGAACAAGUUCCAGACUACCCGUGCCGCUGCACAGGCAGGAUAUCUCGCGGAGCUGGGGGACCUUGGCUCGGCUCAACAGGUCCUCGCGGCAGCUCGCUCGGCUCUGAUGAAAUCGUCUUCUUCGUCCUUGCCGGCGGACGAGCACCUCCGAGCUCUCGAAGCAGAGCUAUCUCAGCUCCACUGGCGGCGCCUCCACCAGCCACAGCAACAGCACCACCACCACCAACAGCAGCAGCAACAACAGAGGGGGAUCAGGAGGCAGGAGAACGACUGGACUUCUUCCGCGUACGGUGACGCCAUCGACGCGCUCACGCCGACGUCGGCCUGGCGCGCCGCCGAGCGGCUUGCCAAGGUGGCCAUCCUGAGGAAGUCGAUGAACCGGGUCAGCGACCUACAUGGCUUCGAGAACGCGAGAUUCUGAAGGGCAUCACCACGUGCCACGGAAACUAGGAUAUAUCCGAGUAAUGAUGUGAUGAUGAUGUGAUGAUACAUGAUAUGUUGUAUGAUGUUGUGAUAUGACAUGAUGGCCGUUUUGAUCAUCGAAAGAGAAAACACAGGUAUGCCUUCCAGAUGGAACUCCUGUCUUUGGCCAUUCUAGGUAAAUAAGUUAAUGAUGGGAAGAUGGUAACGGGGGCCGUAUCAUGAUGAUGAUGAUCAUGAUGAUGGGUGAUGGGGGAAGGGGGUUGAAUGUGUAUGAAAAGGAAGAAUGACAGGAAAAUAAUGUGAUGGGAAUCCUGAAAUGAAAAGAAAAUGUUGAUGAGACAAUGAUUUGUUUUCUCA